CCCUCAGCCAAUGGCGGACCCCUUGCCCGCCAAAACCUUCCUUGGGUCCAGAAGGCCUUCAAGCAUUUUUCAAGAGCAGAAGCUUCUUCCAGCCUGCAUCAAGUCCACUUUUAUGCCGAGCCAAGUAGGUACCACUCAAAGCUUUUGAAGGUACGUUUGCUGAUAAGGUUAUUGGUUGGGGAUGAUCUGAUCCAUUAAUCUGAGCAGACGUAAAGAAAGUUGCAUGUCGCAUUCUAGAUGCGCACGUUUGCGACAAUCAGAAGCACUCCGCUGAAUUGGUCAUUUCCCGCUUCACUUAACAAUCCCAUCAAGCGGACUUCAUCCCCACGUUGCUUCAUCUGCUUGCAUGAAACCCCCUUCCAGCUGGCAUCUAAUCAGAAAGCAGGUCAACUUAAAAACUCUCCGUUCUGCAGAGCAACAAACAAUAGCAUGGCGUCAUCAGGGUCGGAGCCUAGGGGAGGUGCAUCAGGGCUGGUGGUGGGACCAGGUGUUCCUGGAAAGUCAGAAAGGGAGAAGAUGCUCGCAGGAGAGUUGUACAGUCCGCUACAGAACCCUGAAUUGAAGACUCUGCAUCGACGAGCUGUCAAAGUGGUCAACGAGUUCAAUGAGACGCCCUUGGACGAGGAGGAGAGAAGAGCUGAGCUCAUGAAGGACAUUUUUGGGUCCAUUGGCACCACCCCGUACAUCGAGCCCCGCUUCUUCUGCGACUAUGGCAAAAACACCUUCAUCGGAAACAACUUCUAUGCAAAUGCGGGUCUCGUAAUCCUCGACGCCAACACCGUGCACAUAGGGAACGACGUGUUGUGCGCACCAAACGUCCAGAUCUACGCCGCCACGCAUCCAACGGACCCCGCGACUCGGGCCGCCGGCCUGGAGCUGGCUCUACCGAUCAGGAUAGGGAACAAUGUGUGGAUCGGGGGAAGUGCUAUCAUAAACCCGGGCGUGACGGUUGGCGACAAUAGCGUCAUCGGGUCCGGCAGUGUCGUCACACGUGACGUCCCACCAAACGUCGUUGUGGCGGGCAACCCGGCGCGGGUUCUUAAGCAGCUUGUGGGCACCGCUUGAGACUCAAAGAGUGUUGUCGAGAGUUGGAUACGACGAAGGCAUAGUGCAGAAAAUCUGCCCAGCAACAUGACUUGAGCAGGCGGGGCAUGGAGUCAACAAUGUUCGUCUGCGAGCCUGUCGCAUAGUGACGUUGACCUAAAGUUAUCCGCGGUCACGAGGUCACGAUGGUUCCGGUUGGCUGAAUGGUUGGCCAGAAGUGUACGGACGUGCUCAGUUGUGCGCAGAGCUUAGCAAGAGCAAUGUACAAAUUGCCUGGAUGAAUCACUCACUGACUACACCUAGCUAGAAUGAUCAGAUCAUCAUAUGGCGAUCGAAUUCUCACCGAGAGUCUUGUUUCAUCGUCUCUUCUAGGAGACACGCGAGUAAGGUACCAGCAAAUUUAGUAGGCACGAGAAUCUCGAGACAAAUAACCGUUGCCCUCGCAUUCUCAAGCCAGCCGCGCUGUGCGCUAGCGUAAGUUGAAUCCUAGCAGCUGGUUUGAUCUGAAAAGACGGUCGGGUUGUGCGGCGGCUCGUUCCCUGGCACGGUGGCAUGCCCUGCUUUAUUCCAAGGCGUGAGAUAAGCUCUGUUUUAGCUUCUCCUGUUAUAUCAAGCGUCAUCUUCACAAGAUUAAAGCAGGUCUUUCAGUAUACAUAUAAGAGAGGCUCGAUCUUUG